GAGCGUCCAUGUAAAUAGUCGCUUCCCUGAGCACCGGGGGCCACAGUUCCCCGCCUCCCACCCCCCUGCGCCACGUGACCUGCAGGGGUUCCCGUCCCAAGUCCGGUACCACGGGGUCAUAGUAGCCCCCACUUUAAAGGGUGUGGGGAAUUAACGAGAAAUGCCCAUGCAGAGGGGUUAAUAAAGAGUUUGGCCCCGGCGGUGGUGGCGCGCGCCUUUAAUCCCAGCUCGCGUGGAGGCAGAGGCAGGCGGAUCUCGAUAAGAAUACAGCAUGCUUUUAAACGUUACAGACUAGAGAAAGUGAGGGGGGGAAGUCUAAACAUGAAGCCAUUUCUGACCACGUGCAGGUUACUUAGAAGUUUAAACGGAGUUUCCGUAAAACCAAGCCCUCUUGUGAGUCUCUCCACUUCCUCUUGUUUGUGUGGCCAGAAGAAAAAGAACUCUUAUGAAGCAGUAGACCAGGCCAAGUACUCUCGUUUAGUACGGUCCGUCUUGUCCAGAGCCCCGGUCCAGACCCCGGAGUCAUUGUUCGAGGAAGACGAUGUACUCUAUGGUCCUGUCAGUAAGCGUAAGGCUCCAGGGCAAGAGCAGCAGGCAAGAGUUCCACAGAACUGGUUUCCUAUCUUCAAUGAAGAGAGAAAUGUGAAGCCACACACAAGUGUUUCUUCAGGUCCUUUGAAGAUCCCUUUGCAAAGAGAUGCGCUACCCAGCGUGACACGCAUCCUUCAGCAGACCAUGACACCAGAACAGAGUUUCUUUUUGGAGAGGUGGAAACAACGGAUGGUUCUGGAGCUGGGAGAAGAUGGAUUUGCAGAAUAUACUUCAAAUAUCUUUUUACAAGGCAAACAGUUCCAUGAAGCCUUGGAAAGCAUACUUUCACCCCAGGAGAACCUAAAAGGGAGAGAAGAGCACCUCCAGUGUGGCUAUAUCAAAAGUGUCCAGCAUAUUUUGAACGAAAUCAGUGGUGUGCAAGCUCUGGAGAGUGCUGUCAAGCACGAGGCCUUGAAGUAUGCAGGGCUGCUGGACUGUGUGGCUGAGUACCAAGGCAAGCUGUGUGUGAUCGAUUGGAAGACAUCAGAAAAACCAAAACCUUUUAUUCGAAAUACGUACGACAAUCCACUACAAGUUGUGGCAUAUAUGGGUGCUGUAAACCACGAUUCCCACUACAGUUUUCAGGUUCAGUGUGGCUUAAUUGUGGUAGCCUAUAAAGACGGGUCCCCUGCCCACCCUCACUUCAUGGAUGAAGAGCUCUGUUCCAAGUAUUGGGCCAAGUGGCUUCUUCGACUAGAAGAAUAUGCAGAAAAACAAAAGAAUCAGAGUAUUCCAGAGCCAGACUAGAGGCCAGGAUAUUACUUGGGAACAUUCAGUGAAUCUGAGAGUUAUGUUAACACAAACUGAAGAUGUAAUUUGUUGGGAUGUAUUGCUACUGAGAAGCCAGAAAGUCCAGAAGUCAGCACUGGACCAGCUGUCGUACCUCUGACUGCUACCUACCUGAGAAGAGGGCACACAGGAUUGGCAGUCACCUUGGUGACUCCUGGACUCUCUUGCAAAUCUUUUUGUGUCCCUGGCAGAAUGCCUAGUCUUUGAAUUGAGAUCAGAAGGCAGUGAAGCUUCAUGUGCCAAGCAUGCCCCUGGGGUUCUCAGGGUGAGGAGGGGUCACGCACUGCCAGGUGUGUGGACGGAGAGCACAUCGGCCAUCACCACUGUAAGGUGCUUUAUACAGUAGGACUCCUAUAUCAUGAGGGGAAAGCGGCUUCUUAGCAUUGAAUUCAUUCACAUGUGAUUGGCCCAGAGUAAACCUGGCUGCCUAGAAAGCUGGAACACUCAGCACAUCAUUGGCCAGAUCCUUUUCCAUACACAUAAGCCCCAGCAGUGGUCACCAUUGUUAGGGUUUUAGUACCCUGUUUCUGAUGUCAGUCAGCAGGCCAUGUACUAGAAAAAAAAAUACUGUUGUGGAUUUUCCAACUAAGAGCAACAAUGAUAAUCCACUUUUUUUCCCCUGUGUUUGUUAGGUAAUCAUUGGUUGUCUUUGAAUUUGGGAAAGUUAAAUAAAUGCCAUUAUUUCCCUGUUA